AUGUCUACUGUCGCCAAAAAACCACCUGGCGGUGUUGGCCGCAUCUCCCACACCGAGACCACAACAUCACCCAGUGCCUCGCCCUCGCGAACCGCCUCGCAACGUAACUCGACGUCGUCUCCCGUCGGCCACGCACGCACACGCUCAACUCGAAUGGGAACACCAGUGUCCGCCCGGGCUGCUGCCGCCGCUCGCAAGAAUAGCACCGCUGCAGAGGCAGACGCCCACGCCGAGGCUGCUGCCGCCGUUGAGGAUCUCCAGCAGCGUCUAGAGAAGGAGGAGAAGCAAUCAGAGUCCUAUAGCAAGCAGAUCGAUGUCCUCCAGACCAAGUUCGACGAUGCAGUCAAGGAGUCUGCCAAGCUCGAGGAAAAGGCCCACGAGUACGAAGAGCAGCUUGAAGCCCUCACCAACGACAAACGAGAGGCCACCCGCCAAAUCCGCGAGAUGGAAACCAUUUACGAGGCGGAACGCAGUUCCAUGCUCAAGGAAAAGGAUGACAUGGCCAACAAGGAAGAGGAGAUGCAAACCAUCAUCCAAAGACUCAAAGACACCCUUGCCCAACCCAACGCUUCGCCUUCGAUCGACGGUAGCAGCUUUGCCCCACCAUCCUCGCUUCAGAGAAGCGACUCCCGCAGCAGCUCAAAGCUCAUCCUACAAAAGGAUAAGCUCAUCGAAUCACUCCGACUAGAACUCGCCGAGGCUCAGAUCAAGCUGGUCGAAUCAGAAAACCAGGGCGGUGGCCGCCUCCAAGAAGUCGAGCGCCUGCUGAUGGAGGCUCGCAUGGCCAACGCCCGAUUGAUGGAAGACAACGAAAGCUACCAGCUUCUUCUUAAGGACAAGACACUUAAGGGUGACUUUGGCCAGAGUGACUUUAGCUACAUGAGCUCCAACCAAGACGCCCUGGCUGCUCUUGAAGGCAAAGUCCCCACCGCCUCUUCGCUUGCCGACGAGCUCUCCGAUGCCACCGAGGCUGAAGGAGACGCUGACCGUCGCCUCGAAGCCGAGCUCAAGUCCAUGAAAGAGCAGAACAAGGCUCUGACUCUAUAUAUUAACAAAAUCAUCGAGCGCCUUUUGCAGCAUCAGGAUUUCGAGUCCAUCCUCGACCAGUCAAGCGAUAGCAAGGGCAAUGUCAACAAGGAGUUACCUGCCCCUCCUAACGGCGCGUCCCUUUUGCAGCGUGCCAAAAAUAUGGCCAUGGGCCCCCCCAACGGCAACAUCAAGUCGAAGCCGCGCCCAAUGUCUGUGGUACAGAACAGCACUGCCAACUCUGCGCAUACGGAUCCGGAGCGGGCGCCCAGCAUUCCUAUUGGAAAUCUUGGUCGCUCCACUAGUGUUCGACGAUCCCGGCCGCAGAGCGAGCAGUUUGCCGGUGCCGCCAGCCUGGUGAGCCAGAUGUACAAGGGCCCCGAUGGUCCCCUCUCGCCUCCCCUCGGUAACCCUCGAAACUCGGCAGGCUUCUAUUCGGGGACCAGUGCUACUGGCAGUGGCGCACCACGCAUACCCAGCGGCAGCAGCCAGGCGCCAUCUUCGUCGGGCAACUUUCCGGGCAUGCGCAGCGAGACAUCAAGCAUAAGCGGCGAGUCCGCUGAUCUCACCACACCGCCGUCCCAGUCGCCUCCGCGCUCUUUGCACGACAAGAAAACCACCUUUGUGGGCGGCACGCCUCGCCCUCUGCGCCUCGUGCAGGAGAAUGCCGAGGCUGUCAAGGACAAGGAGAACAAACGCGCGAGCUGGUACACCGGCUGGGGAGGCUGGGCCAAGAAGGAUGACACGGCCGCGGUACAGCCAGCGGCUAGCCAACCUAUCCCUGAGUAG